UCCCGCAUCGCUACGGCCGCCUCAAAGUAGAGCUGAGCGGGAGGGUGGAGGCGCGUUCUGGCUGCUGGAGCUCGGAUCGCCAGCUGCUUCCGCCACGCACGUGCAGCAGCUGCAGUGUUCUGAGCAUCCGCCUGGUAGCCGCUUUGUUGCCUGUGAGCUACCGGCACCAUGCACACGCCGGGCUCCGUAGGUUCCAGCGAGACGCGCGCGGUUGACAUCGUGGACAUAUGUGAGUCCAUCCUGGAGAGGAAGUGGCAUGACAGCGAAAGGUCGGCCUGCAACAUCUUGGAACAGAAUGACAUCGAAGCUGUCGAGGCUCUUGUCUGCAUGAGCUCCUGGGGUCACAGGUCCCAGAAAGGUGACCUGUUAAGGAUAAGGCCCCUCACACCUGUGUCUGACUCUGGGGAUGUCACCUCCACCGUGCAUGUAGAGGAAGGUACACCGGAGCUGCUAAAGGGCUUCCAUUCUUUAUCCACGCUGUGUAUGACUCCUCCUCAUAGCCCUGAUCUCAUGGAGCCAUCGACGGGGACAGUCAUUCCUUCUCAAGUCACCGAUCCCAGAGCACACGUGGUCAUGGCCACCUCUGCAGCCUGUGCUGGGGCAGCCAGCUUGCCGAACAGGAGGGAUAAGAGCCUGCCUGGUGCAAACUCAGAGCUGGGGCAGCCAGCCCCUAGUACUCCCUGCAGGGCUGUGGCGACCACGGUGCCCCCUGCUGCCCCCCACGUUCCUGCCAUCCAGAUGCCAACACACGGACUUUCCAAUAACAGCGGAGGAGACGCACAGUAUCUGGGACAUACUGAAGCUUUGCAGGGCACUCACCUCAAAGACAGUUUACUCAGUGUGAGCUCAGUGUCCUGUCCACCUUGUUUGAAUAAGUCUGGCGACCUCAUCCCCCCUCACAAAGGCCAGCAGGCAGGCUGGCCAGUUGCAGUUCAAACCUGCUUACCAAAGAUUCAUGAAAACGACUUGCCAGGGAAAGCCACCCCUCUGAUUUCUACCCCCGUCCUCUGCCAAAUGAUUCCCGUGACUGGACAAAGUGGUAUGUUACCAGCGUUUCUGAAGCCACCUCCCCAAGCACCUGCCGGGUCUGUCCCCCCUGUCCUGCCCCACGCUGCUCCAGGGCCCCAGCCCGUGGUCAUGGGACAGUCUGUGCCUCCGGGGGCCGUGAUGCUGGUCCUGCCCCAGGGGGCGCUCCCCCAGCCCGCACCUGGCUCCCCAGCUGGGGUCAUGGCCGCUGGCAAUGCCAGGUUGUUGCCUCUCGCCCCUGCCCCCGUGUUCAUCACCUCCAGCCACAGCUGUGCCCCUCAGGUGGACUUUUUCCGAAGGAGGAACUAUGUUUGCAAUUUUCCAGGCUGUCGGAAAACCUACUUCAAAAGUUCGCACCUCAAGGCUCAUCUCCGUACUCACACGGGAGAGAAGCCUUUCAGCUGCAGCUGGGACGGCUGUGACAGGAAAUUCGCCCGUUCAGACGAACUGUCACGACACCGCAGGACGCACACCGGGGAGAAGAAGUUCGUGUGCCCGGUGUGCGAGCGGCGCUUCAUGCGCAGCGACCACCUGACCAAGCACGCCCGGCGCCACAUGGCCACCAAGAAGACCCCCAGCUAGCCGGCGGGGGAGCCUCUGCUUGAAGGUCGGCCGGAGUCACCCGUGGGAAUCUCAGAGACUCUUUUUCAGGAAAGGACCAUGGUUUUCUCUCCCGAAGUCAUUGUCUGGGGUCUGGGGAGGAGCAGGGGCUGGUUCUGGUGGAAGCAUGGGGGCUGCGCAAGUUCGUUUGGGGUCCUGCUCCGAGGCUUUUAUAGUUCAAACUGAAGGCAGUUCGACAGUCUAGGUCACCAGCAUUCACCCAAGCAUUUCGGCAAUAAAUUUCACAGAACCCGGGUUUUUACUGCCUUUCUAGUCACGUUUUGUAGAAAUGAGACAGGGUAUAUAACUUUAUACUGUUUUCUAUGAAAAUAUUUAUUUUACUGGUACUCCACCAAUUUCUAGAUAGAUGGUUUUACGGUCUUCUUUUCAAUGUUUAAUAUCAUUUUUAUAGUAACCCUACUUUGUAGUAACUGUGGUACAUCAUUCAGCCAAAAAAAAAAAAAAUCAGGUUUGUAAUCAGGCCUUUCAGAUCUCAGAAUUUUUAGAAUCGGCACUGGUGGGGUGUGGGGGGACUUGGCAGUCAGCGUCCCUGCAACACUUUCGAGGGGUGCUCCGGGCAGCCGUGCCUCUGCAGCCCCAGCCGAGGAAUUCACAUUCUGGUGCAGAACUGGCCGCCUGUGUCCGUGGUGUGACUCGCGGAGGAGACACCCAGAGGGCGACGUAAGAACGCUGGACAGGUAGCCCCGCCGUGAGCAGGGCGCCUCUGCAGGCCCUGAGUGACUGUGCUCCGCGGAGAGCAGCCUGCCUGCCGGUUUCCUGUUUGUACCUCAGCCACCAAAAAUAGGGGUGACGACAGCACACCAGCCCCACUGCUUUGUCAAUUGUCAGUUGACUUCUUGUCCUGUGGCCUUCUCCAGUGUUUUGUGGGUGGGGCAGCUCCUCAGAGAAAAAGGAAGCAGCCCAUUGGUCUGGGGACUUCCCACCCAAGCCCAGCUUUGCCCCCGGAGGGAGUGCAGAUUAUGCCGAACAGCAGAAGUACCGCCCAGCAGCCCUUCUGUUCCUGUUGUUUGAAGAUCACGAUCAAACAAAAAUCACCGGAAGGGGGGUGUUUUGCAGUCGUGACAGAAAACAGAAGGUGGGCCCCACUUGGAAGCUGGGUGAGCACAGGUGCCAUUUCUGCCGCGGCCGUGCCACCCCACUGGCUGGAGCCACCAGGGCUGCCGUGUCAGGUGGCACCGCGAACCCAGGCCCCAGAAUGCAUGGCAGGAACACGGGCGGUUCUCUGUGCCACGUGUGUGGAGGUUUUCUCUUGGCCUCGUGAGUUCUGGCUUCCGCCCUUAUUAAAAUGACGGCAGGGUGAAUUGUCAUCGGGUUCUGCGUCCAGGUCUCAGGCCUGGCCUCACCUGGUCAUUCACUGGGCGUUAGCUGAUACCCACCAAGUGGCCCUUCAGUAAAAACUGGUACCCGACAUGCAGGUCUCCGAGUGCUGGCUGUGUGUGCAGGAGGCUGCCGCCUGCUGUGGGCCCUGCCUUGGUUUAGCAUCCCUCCUGGUCGAGACCAAAUACAAGGGGAUUACAAAUUGGUGUGCAAGAGAACAGUCACUGGAGGCGUGUAGCUCAUGCUUCCUCGCCACCCUGUCCUGUCUCCCACUCGGGUUGUGGAGCGGCAUAAACAUUUCCGUGUGCAUGAUGUUACACUGGGAUGUUUUUCUUCAUCACACAGAAUAAUGGUGGUCCUCCGAACGUGGUGUACAAGUACAAGGCCUUUGAGUGCUUGCUGCUCACCCUGAAUUUCAUUGUCUGAGUGGCAUUGUGAAGAAUACAUGUGUUAAAAAUGGUUUUUGUGUACACUUCCAUUUCCUGAUUAGAUUUAGAAAUGCCUUCAGUAAACAAACUUUUGUGGGUUUUUUUGUCUUCUGUGUGCCCACCGAGAGAUGGUAAGUCGGGAACCAGUUUUGUCUGGAGAAUUCCGCCCCGAGAACCAGAGCCCCGUGGCUCGUUCUGCGCAGAUACCAUUGGCGGGCGGCCCUGGGGGCCGUCAGGGCAGUGCGCGGGCCGCAGGCUUCCCAGUGCACUUGACUUCCUGAGCAGUCUUCUUGGUUCUUGUUGACUUUGAGCCUUUUCAAUAGUUUCAGCGAUAAAAUGCAAACUGUUUUGGAAUCACGUUUUGUGUAACAGACUUUGACUUCUUAUUCAAAUGGAUAUGUGUGAUGUAAGUUUUUUCUUUGAUUCACAUAAAACGUCUCUGAUUUGCAAACCAA